AUGGCCAGGUCGUCAAUGGGCAUCGGGCGAAAGCCAUGCGCAACCACGCUCGCGAGAUCUGGUCGCGCUUUCGUGAAAGCAGUCGCACUAUGCCUGCCACAUGGGGCAAAGCUCGCGUCGACGUCAGGACCGACUACGCCAACGAGAGAGCUCCGCUACUGCGCCGACCAAUGGAAAGCACACGCGAUUGCGACUCUGACGUACCCCAAUUGGCGCAAGCGCGGCAACAUCGAUUCCGAUGACGAAGAUUCUGAUGACGGGCAAGAGACAAGCAGGGAGGCUUCGCGCAAGCGACGUGCUUCUCAGCCAAAGCCUACACGCUCUGCAAAACUUGGUCGCCAGAAGAUGUCUACUCCUGCGAACUUGACGGACACGCAGGCUAUCAAUCUCGCUCGGGCACCUGACCCGGCUCCCCGAUCUCCCUUCGUCAUACGGAGCGCACUUGGAGCCAAUAUAUUCGAGAGCUGCAUAUCUAUGAGCAUGCCACCGUCGCCUUACAUGUCCGCCACGUCCAUUCCCGACGCUCUCUUCAAUGGCGCGUCCAAUGUGCCGGACGUCACGAAGACGACUUCUGGACCACACGGAUCAUCUUCGUCGGCCACGCAAGCACCUUCCACGGCCACGCACGUCACGUCGUCGGCAUCUGUGUGUCAGACAACUCUCGCCAGUGCCAGUGCGCCAAUAAGUGGUGCGCUCUCGGAUGGCACACCCGAAACGCAUCAAGUGUCCCCACCCCCAACGCCGCCAGGGCCCCCACUGCACGCUGUACCCCCAAACUUGCCGUCGAUCACCCCGACUGGGGCUGCCCCCGCCGGCCUCACCCUGCCGACGCCCGCGCCCCCCGCUGGAGGAGAGCAGUCCAUCACGCACUCGCCGGCUAGCAGCGAGUCGCCUCCGCCGCCAUCAUCGCUCCUGGGUGACGCGCCCGCGCCCCCCAGUCCCGCGGCAUCCACUCCGCGGGGUGUUGCAUCGAUGCCUCUUCCUCCGACGUUUGGUGUGCUGCACCCUUCACUGCAGUUCCUUAUCACGGCGACGCAAGCUGUAACGUAUGUCGCCCGCUUCUCUAUUUUGGUGCCGGAACUGUCGCGCAAAGUGAUGGUUCUUGUUACGGUCGCGGAGCGCAGGAGCGCGGAAGUCGGGCGAGUCGGAGACGAGCGGAAAGGCGGGAUCGGAUUAGAGGACGCGCUUGACCUCGGAGAGGCUCACGGUAGCGGGGAGACGGGCAGGAGAGGCGACGGGGAGGAGCCAGGAGGCAAUCGCUUAGCGAGACGCUCGUCAACGACUUCCACUAUGACAGGCUCGCCAGCCUCCAGCACCGUCAAUUCGAAGAAGAAAGUGAAGGCGCCGGCUCCUCUCGUCAUCGAAGACCAUCUCAUUACCGCCCGGUAUAACACUGGCAUCCUCUUGGGCAGUGCCCUUUGCGCGAGGGAAUGGUUGUCGAAGAAUCUUGGUGGAUCAAAGGAGGCCUUUGAUAGCCACUGGAAGUCCGUGAAGACGUCCAGUGAGAUCAAGAAGAAGAGACAACCUGCGUUGAAGUAG